AUGCAGGCAGCAACUGUGACCCCGGGAGGGCGUUUGCUUAUUGUAUAUGUUCGGCGCCCGAAGGGGGUGCGUCAUGCCCACGAGGGCGCUAGUGCCCACGCUAAUUUCGCUGUUACGUUGAGGGCGGGCGACCAUGUGCCCAAACCAUCCACUUCAAACUCACACGACAUACAAGCUCGAAUUCAUCUUCAAAUUCAAAUACGCGACUCACGUGUAGAAGUUACUUAA